AUGCUGGCUCGUGAUGAUCCUCAUAUUGAAAAGCUCAUCUCGCAGAUGACGCUUGAAGAGAAAGCAGGUCAGCUCACGAUUUUGGCUGACACAGUCCGGCCCUGCAAUCCGGAUAUCAAUCCGGAGGUCAAUCACCGGCAGGCUCAUGAAAUGGUGGAGCAAAUUCGCAAGAGCCGAGUGGGGUCUCUCUUCAACGGUGUCGGCAUCAAGGAGGGCCGAGAGGCACAACGCCUCGCGGUCGAGGAGACGCGCCUGGGGAUCCCCCUGAUCUUUGGCAGCGAUGUGAUUCAUGGCAUGUGGACGGUCUUUCCCAUCCCACUGGGCGAAGCGGCGAGCUUCGAUCCAGACUUGGCAUUCCAGACCGCGCGCGCGACGGCCUUGGAGACCACGGCCUCCGGCAUUCACUGGACUUUUGCACCCAUGGUUGAUGUCGCCAGGGACCAGAGGUGGGGACGAGUUGCAGAAGGUUCUGGAGAAGAUGUCUUCCUGGGCAAACAGCUGGGAGUUGCACGAGUCAGAGGCUUCCAAGGAAAUGAUCUACGUGCUGAGGACAGCCUGCUGGCAACACCCAAGCACUUCGCUGCUUAUGGAGGGGUUUCAGGAGGCAUGGACUACAACUUCGUGGAGAUUUCUGAGGCGACCCUUCGUGACGUGCAUCUUCCUGCUUUCAAGGCUUGCAUAGAUGCAGGUGCUUUGACGUUGAUGAGUGCCUUCAACGACAUUGCCGGCGUGCCAGCAUCAGGAAACCGGUGGCUAUGUACGCAGGUGUUGCGCAACGAGUGGGGGUUUAAAGGUUUCAUUGUGUCCGACUACACGGCCGAUGAAGAGCUUAUUUGCCAUGGCUUUGCAGCAGAUGGGCGUGAUGCAGCUCGACUCGCGUUCAAAGCAGGUGUAGACAUGAGUAUGCAGAGCGGCUUGUAUGUGCAGCACAUGCAAGAUCUGGUCGCCAAAGGGGAUGUGUCCAUGGAGGAGGUUGAUGAAGGAGUUCGACGCAUUCUGAAGAUCAAGAAAGCCAUUGGCCUGUUUGAGAACCCGUACAAGUGCUUAGAUCCAAAGCUUGAUGAGAAGAUGGAAAAGCUGCGAGCAGCUCACGAGCCGCUGGCCAGAGAGGCUGGCCGCAAGUCAAUAGUGCUCCUCAAGAAUGACUCGAAAGUGCUACCUCUGAAAAAAUCUGGACAGAAGAUAGCCUUGAUUGGGCCUUUUGCGACAGAUACACAAAACCUUCAAGGUUGCUGGACAGUAUACGGCGACAAGAAAAGAGCAGUUCCGCUGGAUGUUGGCAUCCGCAAAGCUUUGUCUAAGGCUGAUGACCUUGAGAUUGUGCAGGGCUGCGACUUUGAGACUGCUUUAGACGGAGGAGUUGAGAAAGCUGUGACGGCAGCCAAAAAGGCUGAGGUCGUUGUCCUCGCCGUCGGAGAGCCGGAGAAUUUCUCUGGCGAGUCGCAAUCCCGCACUCAGAUCAUCAUCCCGCCAGCGCAGCAGGCUCUGGCCGAAGCAGUGUCAGCAACAGGAACCCCUGUUGUGGUAUUGUUACGGACUGGAAGGGCGCUCGCACUCUACGGAGCUGUCCGGGACGCACAAGCGAUUCUGGUCACGUGGUUUCUGGGCACCCAAACUGGACCUGCCAUUGCAGACGUUCUCUUCGGUGACUACAACCCUGCAGGUCAUCUUCCGGUCAGCUUCCCUGCGGACUCCGGGCAGCAACCCUUGUUUUACAACGCUCCGCGGACCGGACGCCCACAAGGCGAUGGACCUCGCACCUUCAAAGCGAGUUGGAGGGAAGUGGCGAGCAAAGCCUUGUAUCCGUUUGGCUAUGGCCUGAGCUAUACGGAGUUUUCUUUCACCAAGCCAAACCUCAGCACCAACAAGCUGGGCUGGGACCAGGCGCUUCAGGUGACCGCACAGGUGAGCAAUACCGGUGCGUUGGCUGGCGAGAAAGUAGCGCAGCUGUACGUGCACGACUGUGUUGCAAGUCGGGUGCGUCCGGUGCGAGAGCUGAAAGGUUUUCAGAAGGUGCUCUUGAAAGCUGGCGAGACAAAGACUCUCACGUUUCAGAUCUCAAGGCACGACCUGGCUUUCCACGGGGCUGAUGGCAAGCUCGUGGCAGAACCUGGCGAGUUCCACGUUUGGAUUUCUGGCUGCUCAGCAUCUGGGGAACACGCGAAGUUUGAUUUGCUCGGGCACGUCUGCAAGCUUGCUCUUUUGAGUGGUGCUGAGGGGCGGCCGCGCACUCUCGAAGGCAAGAAGACGCAGUCAUAUUUGGGAAGGGUGGCUGGUGCCACAACUGCGGUCUUGACCGAGGCUUCAGGCCUUCUGCUGGAGGUCCUGUUGGUGUGCAAACCUCGGGAAUUCGACCGGUGCCGGAAGUACCGAAAAGCACCCAGAGGUGCGGGUCUGGACUUGGGCAUGGGCGAUCUAGACGUUGCCUCUCCCCUUUCCAGAGACUUCCGCAGAAAGAUGGCGGAUGCUCGCCUGCAGUUUGGCAUGGUCGCAACAUUGAUUGCUAUUCGCUUGCAACUUGGGCCAUCGCUUGAUUUCAGCCGACUGAAUCCAAUCGAGGAGAAGGAUCUGGUCCGCAAAGCCUGCCUGAAGCGGGGCGUCAGGCCUGACAGCAUCGUCUCUAAAGUGACCUUCGACGUGGAAAAGGCAAGGAAAGCCAACAAGGCAAGCGGAGUAAGAGGUACUGUUCGAUGUGGCUGUGUUUGGAGAGGACAGCGUAAGGACGAGAUGCCGUAUCGAAACGAUAGCAUGCCCAUAUUUGUCAGCAAAGGAAGAGGAAGCAUCGGCAAUGCACUCUCGCCCUUCAAUGUGAAGGUUCCUGGCAAGAUGAUGAGUUGGGCGACAGAGGAUGGUAAGCAGGGAGGGAAGCCACUGCCCAUUGACCGGCCCCUGGAACUCGUUUGGCAGGCAGCCAAAGUCUCCGAAGGAGAGGACUGGCCCUCCUACUUUGCGCGGCGAGCAAAAAUCUAUCAAAAGGGAAAGCCUCAAAGAUGCUAUUUGGCUCGGGAUGCAAAGAUCGCGGGCUCCUGCUUCGGCCUUCCUGAAACUGUUCCUUACGUGCCUUCUAGAGCCUUCUAUUGCACCGCCUAUGAAAGAGCCUUGUCCGGCCUUGAAGAGUUCCAGCUCCUGGAAGACCUGGUUGCUGAAGGUUUCAACCUGAUGCUCCUGGGCCCCGAUGGGUUUCCCAUGUCCGAAGAGAGAAGUGCCAUCGCAAAGGCAUACAAAGAUGGAUCUCGGCCGUUUGGACAUGAGCGUGUCUUGGUCGCCAUGCUGCGGCAAGAGCUUUACGACCGCUUCGAUGGGGACCUCAGCAAGCUUCCCGCCUUGCUGCAGCUGCUGGAAGACAGGUGGGAGUUCCCUGCCAGGGUGUUUCCGCUCCUGUGGACGCACAUACGGCGGGCCUCUGGCCGUGCUGAAGAUCAUAGCAAGCCACUAAGUAAAGACGACUGGGCUGCAGCUUUCGACAACUGGCUGCAAGCGCUGAGAACCCGGUGUGGCUACUCCAAGGUUUCCAGGCAGUGCUUGGUGCACACGCGCCAUGGUGAUGAUUGGAGCAAGGUCUACCUGAAGGGGGCAAAGCUUGGCGAGGGCUCCUACGGGGAAGUUUUCCUAGCGCUUCACGCCUCCUUGGGUGUAGCCCGAGUGGUGAAAUCGGUGCCAAAGAGCCAGUUGAGUGUGGCCGGCGAGCAGGUUGAGGUUGAGGUCAACAUGCUCAAAUCCUUGGAUCAUCCGCACAUUGUGCGUGUCUUCGAGGCCUUCGAGAGCGAGGAGAGCCUGCACAUCGUGAUGGACUAUGCGGAGGGUGGCGACCUGGCCUCUGUGAUACGAGAGACGGUGGACACGGAGACGCUGCUCCCACAGCCCUGGGUGCGCGAGGCGGCAGUGCAGAUGGCAUCAGCGUUGGACUACAUGCACUCUCGGGGCGUUAUCCAUUGUGACCUGAAGCCUGGAAACACUAUGCUCUUGACUCCUUUCAGCAUGGAGGAUGCAAUGAAUGGCUCCCGGCCACAUGUAUUGCUAGUGGACUUUGGCCUAGCAGAGAUUUUUGAUGAGCAGGUUGCACUAGGUGGACCUGCAACUGUGAAAGGCAGCCCAGCCUACCUCUCACCGGAAGGGUUUGAUGGAAAACUCACACAGAAAUCAGACACCUGGGCUUUGGGUGUAAUGCUCUACGAGAUGCUCGUGGGUGCCAGACCAUUCCGAGGGACCAACAAUAUUUUCGUUUUAUAUUGCCAGGUUGCGAACAAUGAGCCCGCCUUUGACAAAGUUCCCGAAGUUCCUCGAUCUCUGGUCGUCGCGCUGAUGGCAAAGGAUCCUCAAGCCCGCAUUUCCGCAAGGCAGUGCUUUGACCAUGACUGGCUCCGAUCGGCCCUCAGCGAGUUGGAUGAUCAGCUGCAGAUGCCGGAGGGACUUGGCCGCCCAACAAGCUACUUCUACCGAGCCGUGACUUUCUGCAUGGCUGCGGCCUUGGGCAUGAAGGACCUGAGCCGGGACACGCAGCUCUUCGAGAACUUUGACACAGACAAGUCGGGCCAACUGGACACGGAAGAACUGAAAGCGGGCUUGGCCAGGUUGGGACUCCGACAGGAUCCAAGUGGUCUCAUGGCAGCUAUGGACCUCGACCAGGAUGGUCAGAUCUCGUACACAGAGUUUCUGGCAGCGACCUUGUGUCUGGACGAGGAGCGAGGGGAGCGCUUGAUGAGAUACGCGUUCGGCACUUUUGAUCUGGACGGUGAUGGCUACAUUUCCAUGCCAGAGCUCAGACAGCUCCUGUCAGGUGAGGGAGUCCUAGUGGCAGAUGUCCUCCCAGACGGACAGACAGUUGAUGAGGUUAUGGAAGAGGUUUCCAGUGGUGAGGGUGAAAUUUCGUUCUCAAGAUUUCGGACAUACCUCACCCGCAGCUACCGGAGUGCCGAGCGGCCGACGUCAGCGGUUAUCCGCGGGCUGGUCCGAAAUCGCACAAAAGAGCUAGAUGUGGAACAAGGUGGGUCGAGAGCACGCCGGCAGAAAGACAGGGUUGCGCGAGCUCUUUGCCAGGAGAUCUUGGCGAUAUAUGUGACCAAGAAGAUGAGAUGGAGCCAGAGGCCAGUCUGCUCCUGGACAGCUUGA